AUGGUUCUCGUCUUUGGUGUCAACUUUGCCGAAUCGCGCCUCGUCAAGAGCGCUCUCGAGAGCUUUUACGGUGUCGGCCCUCAGAUCUCGCAACGUCUCAUGGCCCGUCUCUCCAUCCACAACACCGCCAGGCUCCAGGGCCUGGGCCAUCGCACAGUCAACGACCUUUCGGCUGAACUUCAAAAUUUGACCAUCGAGAACAACUUGAGGAGGAAGCUGCAAGACAACAUCAAGCGUCUAAGAGAUAUGGGAACAUACCGAGGAAGACGUCACGCUAUGAGUCUGCCCGUUCGUGGCCAGAAGACUCGCACACAGAUCGCGACAGCCAGAAAGCUCAACAGAGUCGUCCGCAGAGGUUGA